AUGUACUCAAUUGAUUCACUCAACUUUAUUGACUAUUUCAAACAACCUGAUAAUAAGAAGCUCUUUAUUUUAGAAGAAUGUGUGAAAAAUUACAGAGAAAAACAAAUUUCUCAAAAUGUCUUAUUAUUUAGUUGUGAAAUAUGUUAUGAAGAUAAACCAUACAGUGAUACUUAUGUUAAUAAAUGUGGUCAUAGAUUUUGCAAGUCGUGUAUUCGUGAUUCGAUUAAAGAGCAAAAGACUAAUACAUGGCGAAAAGUUCAUUGCCCACAGCAUGGUUGUUCACAAGUUAUUGAAAUAUCAGAUAUCAAUUUAUAUGAUUUAGUUGAUGACAAACAGUUAAUAAACGAAUACACUGAAAGACUCAAUAAAAAGAUGUUUGAAGAACAGACAAUUUUGUGUCCCAAAUGUCACAACUCGUUGUUAUCAUUAAAUAGCACUGUGAAUGCGCAAUGCCCACUCUGUAAACACGAGUUUUGUAAAAAAUGUUUGUGUGUUUGUCACCCCGGAAAAACAUGCGAGGAGUGGAAAAAACAAGUCGAUGAUGAUAAUGAGAACAUGAGAAAAACAACGGAAUGGAUUAAACAAAACACAAAAAUAUGCCCAAAGUGCAAAAACCCAAUUCGUAAAAAUGGGGGAUGUAACCACAUGACUUGUAGUUGUGGACAUCAAUUUUGCUGGCUUUGUAUGGCCGACUACACAAAUACUCAUUUUAAAUCGAAUACAACUGGGUGCAAACAAUCAGGGUCGGCCAAACGAUCAUGUUAUUGGAAAAAAACUUAA